AUGGCAAGGACCCUGCCCGUCCUCGAUCGAGCUUGUGUUCCGGGUGGACCCUGUGCAGUACCGUUUGUGGCGAGCUUGCCCAGCCAAGCUCGAUUCGCGUCCGGGCACAGAGAAAAAUCUGAACCAUCGCGGCUGCCUUGCACACCCAGCGAGGGGCAAGAUCAAGGCAAGCGCCAAGUUCCUAAAAGGGAGGAUUGGGAGAUGGAGCCCCUGAUGGCAGACGCCAGGGUGUUCUUGGUGGCCGGGGCUCUCCUGUGCUUUGGUGGAAGUCUCGUCUCUGUUUAUGUAGCUGUGACACAUGAUCCGAACCGGAAAGAGGAUCGGACUGUGCUGAAGCGAGGGGAAUACAUCGCUGGUGGUAGUGUUGUCGGCGCCCUGGUCAUGAUGGUCCUCAUAUUGCGCCUAGGCCAAACAAAGCAAGCCAGGGUCAGGGUGGUGUCGCCCUCUUUCAUCACGAUGGCGAAGGCUUCUCAGCUGCUGAUCUCCUUCCUCUCUGAUCCUCACGGCAGCCAAAGGGGUUCUACUCGUGGGGCAGCCUUCCGCAACUGGAGCAGCUUCAGUGCCGCCGGCCCACCACCUCCAGGAGGCUACGGUGGGCAUGGUGCGGGCGGGGGUGCAUCCAGUGGGUACGCCAGCAGCAGCGGGUACCAUGGCGGAUAUGGUGGGGGUGGCUAUGGAAGUGGGUAUGGUGGGGGUGGACAUGGAGGAGGAUAUGGCGGGGGUGGCUAUGGAAGCGGGUACGGUGGCGGGGGUGGCUAUGGAGGUGGAGGGUAUGCGGGAGGGUAUGGUGGCAAUGGUGGGUAUGGGGGAGCUCCUGGUGGCUAUGGCGGCAGCCCGCAAAGUGGAGGUCCACCCGGCCCGAAUCCCUAUGGCGACUCCUACCGGGAUCCCUAUAGGGAUCCGUACGGAGAUCCUUAUGGUGGUCCCAAUGGCAUGCCUCCACCGAAGGGCCAACCCAUGCCCGACGAUUUCGACGAAGGUGCAGGGGAAGGGCUGAAUAUGGUGGAGGCCGGGGCUGGCUUGCCUCCACCGGAAGAGCCUGUUGACGAGGUGGACAUGGAUCCGGAUGCCAUGUACGAAGAAGAGGCUGCUCCGGAAGAGCCGAUCUCCGAAGAACCGGAGGCCGGCUAUGGAGAAGGCCCACCUCUGCUACUCGUCAACAACGAAGGCCAAAAUAUUUUGGCGAAGGAAAAGACCAGGCAGCUGAUCAACAAAGUCAACAUCUUGUCAAAAACCCUUCAGGCCAAGCUGCCGCUUUACGACGAGGGAACGGACCUCCCGGAGCCCGAGGAUGAGAUGAGGGAGAUCUGCAGGGCCAGGGAGGUGGAGAUCAACAAGCUGGAGCAGGCGAAGACGGCUGCCGAGAUAGCCCGCCUGGAGAACGAGGAUGCAGAAGGUGGUGCCGACAUAAACAUCGAGGAGGAGGCGAAGAAGAUAAGAUCCGAGUGGCCGGGCGACGAGUACGACGACCAUGGAGGAUAUCCCGGCCCUGAUGCCCACUACUACCAGGGUUAUGACUACGGUGGUUACGACUACGGUCACGGCGGUCACGGCCACGGCCACGCUGCGGCGCCUGGUGCUCCGGGGCCGCCUGCGGCUGCCGUCUGCCCGCCUUCCCUGGUGGCGCUUGCAAUGCUGCUGCCGCACGUGAGGGAGCGGCGAAAGCUUCAGCGUGAAGCAGGCUUCCUUAGCCAGGCCGUCUUCUAG